UUCUUAUCCAUAAACAUGAGGAACAUCCUUCAGUGGAGUCUACCAGAGGAUCUACAAGGAGCUGAAAUCACUUAUACUGUACAGUAUUUAAUUUUUCUUCUUCACAGAUAUGGGCAAAAAAAAUGGCUGAAUAAAUCCGAAUGUCGAACUAUUAAUAGAACUUACUGUGAUCUCUCUGCUGAAACAUCUGACCUUGAGCACCAGUACUAUGCCAGAGUUAAGGCCAUUUUGGAAAAAAAUUGUUCCAACUGGGCAGAAACUGGAAGAUUCUAUCCAUUUUUGGAAACACAAAUUGGCCCACCAGAAGUUUCUUUGACAACUGAUGAGAAAUCCAUUUCUAUUGUUCUGAAGGCUCCAGAGAAGUGGAAGAAAAAUCCAGAAGAAAGUUCUAUUUCCAUGCAACAAAUAUACUCUAAUAUGAAGUAUAAUGUAUCUAUAUAUAAUACUAAGUCAAAUAUAAUGUGGGCCCAGAGUGUUACCAACCACGUACUGGUGCUCAGUUGGCUGGAGCCAGAUACCCUGUACUGCAUCCAUGUUCAGUCCAUUGUUCCAGGACCACCUCGCCUUGCUCAGCCCUCCGAAAGGCAGUGUAUCAGUACUUCAAAAGAUCAAACACCAGCUUUGAAGAUUAAAAUCAUUUUCCAGUAUAUUUUGCCAAUAUCUAUUACUGUAUUUAUUUUUUCUGUUGUGGGAUUUUCUAUGUAUAAAUAUAUCCAUCUUGGAAAAGAGAAACAUCCAGAAAAUUUGAUUUUAAUUUAUAGAAAUGGGAUUAACAAAAAAUUCUUCAUACCUGCUGAAAAAAAUGUAAUUAACUUUAUCACCCUAAAUAUUUUGGAAGAUUCUAAAAUUUCUCGUAAGGAUACAGGAUGCAUGGAAAAAAGCAAAGAUGUGAUGGAUGUGAAUGAUGUUGAAGCCUGCAGGGACCAAGAGCCCCAUCCAGAGAUUAUGGAGGUGAAACACUUAGGAUACGCUUCACACUUAGUGGAGGACCCUUUCUGUGACUCUGAGGGAAGCACCAACAGUCCUUCCUCCUCCCCUCAAGAGUAUCUCUGUAAAAUGCAACCCACAGAUAAAGCAGCCAUUCUGUACGAAUAUGACAGAAGAACAACUCCUUUUUGCAGACAGCCUGAACAUCACAAGCUCAGUUUGCUAGAAGAGAUGUCUGUGCAAGGAAAAUUAUUUGAGCAGAAGGAAGACAUGAUUAACUCAGACCCCCAAACACUACAAAUUUCAUACACCCCUCAACUCAGAGACGCAGAUCUUCAGUUACAGGAGCACAUGAACACAGAAGAAGUGCCAGAGAAAGCACAAUUGACCACACUGGUGGAUUGGGAUCCCUGGUCUGGAAGACUUUGUAUACCUUCCUUAUCCAGCUUUGAACAUUAUGCAGAGGAAUAUGAGCAUCCUGGGUACACAGGACCCACAGAGGAGGGGCUUUUAUCUAGACUCUACCAGGAGGCAACUCCAGACAGGCCACCGGAAGAAAAGGAAGCCUAUCUUAUGCAAUUUAUGGAGGAAUGGGGGUUAUCUGUAAAAAUGGAUGAUUAA